CCCUUGAAUCUCCCUCUCUUCUCAGUUCUCAACACUACUCAACUGUACGUUCUCACUGAGACAGAAUUCGAUAAAAAAUGGCGGAGAAAACUGAUAAGAAACAAGUAAAUGAAGGAAAGGGUAAAUUUUCAUCUUUGGAUUUACCAGAUUUGCCCAAAGGGCUCCCUCCACAGCUUGAGUUUCAGAGAACUCGUGUCCUCUGCAACCUUGAUGCUCCAAUUCAUACAGACAAUGUAAUGUAUGGUGGUGCUUAUGCUUCUAUGGGAGUCGACAACAGUGUCCAAUUGGAUUGUUUUCGCCAGAAAUUUCGAGUUGAAGUAGUUCGGCUCACAAAGGAUGACAUGGAGUUUGAUCUAAUUGGUAUUGAUCCAUCAAUUGCGAAUGCAUUCCGUAGGAUCCUCAUAGCUGAGCUUCCUACAAUGGCUAUUGAAAAAGUUCUUAUUGCAAACAAUACAUCAGUGAUCCAAGAUGAAGUUCUUGCCCACAGGCUGGGUCUCAUUCCAAUCAUGGUUGAUCCAAGGCUUUUUGAAUAUAUAUCAGAAAAUGAUACAAAUAACGAAAAGAACACCAUUGUUUAUAAACUCCAUGUUCGUUGUUAAAGAGGGGCACCCCGUCUUACAGUAAAAACUAAUGAAUUGAAGUGGUUGCCAAAUGGGAGUGAGCUUCUUUUGGAUUCGAAAAAUUCUGAUUCAAACCCAACCUCUAAACCACGGACCUACACUUCUUUUAGUUGCAGCCAAGCAUCUUUGCCAAAAUUUGCAAACAAUCCAAUUAACCCUAUGCCUGAUAUUACUAUUGCGAGGCUUGGCCCUGGUCAGGAAAUUGAAUUAGAAGCACAUGCUGUUAAAGGCAUGGGUAAGACUCAUGCAAAGUGGUCACCAGUGGCUACUGCCUGGUACCGAAUGCUUCCUGAGGUUGUUUUAUUGGAAGAUGUUGAGGAUGAGGAUGCUGAAAAACUUGUAAACACUUGCCCAGUUAAAGUAUUUGAUAUCGAAGAUAUUGGAAAUGGUAAGAAAAAGGCAACAGUAGCACGACCCCGAGCUUGCACACUUUGUAGGGAAUGCCUAAGAAUUGGAGAAGAAUGGGAGAAGCGUGUGUCACUACGUCGUAUUAAAGACCAUUUUAUAUUUACUAUCGAAUCAACUGGAGCAUUACCUCCUGAAGUUUUAUUCACCGAAGCUGUGAAGAUUUUGGAAGACAAAUGCGAACGUGUGAUUACUGAGCUAUCUUGAUGCUUUAUAGAGUAGGAUGUUAAGACAAAAUAUAGUUCACUGUAAACCAAGGGGGUUUGGUAAUUGAUAUUGUUCUUUCCCUCCAAUUUAGAAAUGAAGAAGCUAAUAUUGUUUCACCUUAUGUAUAUGAGAUUUUUUUGCAAGUAUUAGCAUGAAAAAAUGUGAGAGUUGUUAUGGGGAACACAUGUUUCUGUAAGAGUGUUUGCUCCAGUUUUGUAUUGUAAUGGA